UGUCUGCAAUCCAAAAUGUCAACAUUACAAAAUUGACUAUAUUUUUGCGAAUCAAGCUUUCCCUGGCCAGCUGGACGCGACAUCACUUAGUGGACCAUUUUCCGCUAGUCGCAGUUACAUCAAAAAAUAAGAUCUGGACUAUCAGAAUGGCCCGACAGUGUUCAGACAGACAUGAUGAUGAAUGGCACAUCACGACCAGCCCGAGGAUGUCCGAUGUGUUUGGUAUCCUAUCGAAAUAUAUGGAACCAGAAGAAGUCAUCAAGGCUCCGUCAUUACACCAAGCCAUCUGCUCUGGAGAUUAUGACAAGGUUGUUGAACUGUUGUGUGGGGGAGACUGUGACGUGAAUCAGAGACAGGAUCAGAUCAAACCAUCUCCGCUCUACUGCGCUGCUUACCAUGGCCAUAAUGAAAUUCUUGCUCUACUUCUCCAACACGAAAGUAUCUCCCUAACAGAAGGACACAUCCAACUGUCUGAGUUGCAUGCUGCUGUGUACAAGCGGCACAUGGAUACCGCCCGCCUUUUGCUGCAACACGGCACAAAUAUCAAUGCCAGAACACCGGGGAAUGAGUGGACAGCACUCCAUAUUGCUUGCUUCAACAAACAAGCUGAGAUGAUAGAAUUACUUUUGGAAUACAGUCCUAAAGUAAACUCAUUAUCUUAUGGCGCUUUAAUACCCAUUUCGCUAAUUUUCAUGUCACUGAAUGAAGAGGAUAAAAAACUACGGACCUGUCGUGAUGUUGACGCAAUUGUGCGCUGUUUAGAAGCACUGUUACGCCACGAGGGCAUGGAAACAAACCAUUGGUCUUUCCACCCUGGUUUGGUCAUGAACAUACUUCCUUUAGAGCAGGCUUGCCGGAUGCGGGAACCAGAGAUGAUUCGUCUGCUGCUGAAUAGCGGUGCGAGGGCAGACGGUGUUUAUCAUCGUACAAUACAGUGUGUACCGUUAUACCACCUGUAUCGAAAACCUGAAGACGAUGGAACAUUAUUCUUUCAGACGACAGACGAGAUCAAAAAAUUCUGGGAGUGCGUCGUUUUGAUGUUGGAUCAUGGGAUAGACCAAGAUGUCCAACAGAAUUUCACACGGACUUUAACAACUCCGGUACGGCCCGUCCGUGGUAGCAAACUCCGGUUAGCCGGAAAUGUCCGGAUUGAACUAAGCCGCCAUUCUUGUCCAGAUAAUUUGAAAAAUGAUUGGAUGGAUUUGGUGUCGUGGUUGGAUUAUAUUGAAAAGAACCCCAGCACGCUGAAAAAUCUUUGUCGUCGCUUCCUGCGGCGUCACCUGAACCAUAAGGUGAUGUUUAAAGUUGAUAAGUUGCCGCUCCCUAAAGUGAUGAAGGACUAUGUGCUCAUGCGUUUUCUUUGAGCAGCUUUUAAAAGCCCUGGUGAUUUUUGAUAAUGAGUGAAAGUGCUUUCAGUUUGGUGGUUGCUUCUGCUGUAACCAUGGUGACUAAUUUCAUGCUGCAUUACUCAGCCACUGUAGGCCUAGCAAUGAUCUGAACUUGCUGAUAUAUUUACACAUGAUAUUCUAUUUACUUGUCUUAUUUUCAUGUUUUCGUAUCUGUGUUAAUACGGCUAAGGCUACUUGAAUCCACCCUCAGAAAUGAGACAGUUUUAAAUGUGAUUGUGCCAAGAUUUUCUGUCUCCUUAAUUUUUUAUGUGUAUUUUUCAAAGUGUGCCCCUGGGCUUUUUGCAGGGUUUUCUGGUGAAAUCAUGUCUUCACGUGCAUGUCUAUAUAGGUAUCAUAAGGUUAAAGUGUUCUCUUUGAAUUUGUGAUGGUAGGGUGAAUUGUGAUUACGAAUAUUUUUAGCGAUUCAACAUGUUUUAUAUAUCAAUCCUUUCCAUUUCACAUUUCUAAAUAUAAAAUCUCAUUUUAUAUUUAUAUUGUAUAUUUAUCUCAUUGAUAUUCUUA